AUGGCGACAAAAAAGCUCUCUGUACGAAGAAGAACAAGUGUCGGUCAACCAUUACCGUCUGACCAUCUACAAAAAUGCUCGGAUUUUCGAAAGUUCGUUGCAGCUGAAGCCUUAAACGUAUCCUCUUUCAAUUUGGGAAAUAUUGGAAAUAUUAAUGAAGUACCAGCUCCCUUUGAUAUCAUCUAUGAACGGACAGUUAAUGUGAAGGGACGAGAGAACAUUAAAAUUGAUUCUACCGGCCAUGAGAAAUCUAAUUUUAUUGUGAAAACAAAUGAAAAAGGUUGGAUGAAUCAGGAAUUGAUGAAAGAAUGGAUCGUUGAAGUAUGGAACAAAAGAGAAAAUCACAAUUCCGACCCUGAUCGCUCUUUGCUGAUAUUUGAUUCUGCUCGUUGCCACGUAACUGAUGAAGUGAAACAAUUUUGUCAACAAUAUAGCAAAAUUGCCGUAAUACCAGGAGGAUUGACUAAAAUAUUGCAACCCCUAGACGUCGGCAUCAACAAGCCGUUUAAAGACCACUUGAAAGCUGGCUGGGAAAAAUGGAUGAGAGAUGAAGCUAAAGCAACUUACACAAAAAGUGGAAUAAGGAGAAGGAUGAGCUACGAAGAAGCUGCAUUUUUAGUUAGCGAAAGUUUCCAAUCCAUUUCAUCUGAUGUUAUUCAACAUAGCUUUGAAAAAGCAUUGUGUGAUUUGGAAAAUCUCAAAAACGAUUUUGCCAUGAUGAAUAUAAACGAUGAUGACGAAGUAGAAAUUGGAAAAGUUUAG